AUGUCGUACGAUCAACUCUCCAACCUCGAGUCCGGCCAGCAAGGCGGGUACAGUGACGACCCGGACUUCCAGCACCUCCAGCGAGAACUCAAGACCAAGUUGCAGACGCUAUUAACCAGUAACCGCGACCUUUACAAGAAUGUCGGCGUCCUGGGCACCAAGAAGGACACGCCUCGCCUGCGCGAGCGCGUGCACAAGACCAUGGAGACUGCACGAAACCUUUGCAGAGAGAUUGGCGAGGGCGUGAAGCGACUGCAGACCUGGGAGGACCUUACGAAACAGCAAAAAUAUGAGCAAACCAAGGUAUCCAGCGAUUUCCAAGCGGCCCUCCAAGAGUUUCAGGAUCUACAGAGAAAGGCUUUGGACAGGGAAAAGGCAUCCGUCAGCGCCGCUAGAGCAGCCCACGAAUCCGAACAUGCUCACGGACACGGAGAGGGCGGCGCCACUCAGGAGCAGCAGCAACUUCUGCAGCAGCAAGAACUGUCGCACAUGGCACCCCAACACGAAGUGGACUUUCAGGAAGCCCUCAUCGUCGAGCGAGAGGAGGAGAUUCGCAACAUUGAGCAGGGCGUUGGCGAUUUGAAUGUCUUGUUCCGCCAAGUGGCACACAUGGUCUCAGAGCAGGAUGAGAGCAUCCGUACCAUUGCCGAAAAUGUGGACAACACGUACGAUUCCACCAUGGGGGCCGAGAGAGAGACCCGCCAAGCGGCGAGGUAUCAAAAGGCUGCUCGGAACAAGAGCUGCUGCUUGCUUCUCAUUCUUGCUGUUAUUCUGACGAUUGUCAUCUUGGCGAUUGUUCUGGGAUAG